CCAACCUCAGAGCCCUGUGACAGGACGUCUCAGGCUCCUUCCCUGUCCUGCGUGUGCUACCCCAGGAGCCUACAGAUGGGGUGUCUGCUCCUGCUCCCCCUUCCUCCCAGGGCCUGUGAGCACUAGGCUGGGCUGGGGAAUUCUUCCCAGUGGCCAGACUGGUUGUCCAGGAAGCUGCUCCUGGCUUCCCAGACUGACCCCGUAUCUCCUGAGCAAUGUGCCUGUCACAGUCACCUCCCCUCCUCUGAGCUGGGAAGAAGUACGCCUGGUGGGGCCUUGGCCACUUGUCAGGCUGCAGGUGGCUGGAACAGGGCUCCCUUGUCCCACUGCCCAUCCUGCCCUGCUCCCCCUGCUGCCACUCAGCUACCUGAGGGUGGGGAGGAGGUGACCGAGAAGAUAGGCAAGGCUGUGGGCACCACUGACCAGCAGAGCAGCUGAGGCACUGACAAGGACCUGCAGUGUGUGGGGCCAGCAUCUUGGUCACUAACCUGCACCCCAAGCAGGACACGGAGGCUGCAGUGUUCUCCUGCCGGACACUGCCUCUUGCUGUUGCGAUCGGUUCCUUCCCCUAGAGUAGAAGGUCCAAGUGGCCAGAGGCUCCACUCCUGCUCCAGGGGUUCUGGGGCCUUGUGUCCAGUACCGUAUGUCACUUGCUCCUGCCCAGCAUGGUCUGCUCCCACCUGCCUCUCCCUGUGGGUGCCCGACAACAUGUGGGAGGCCCUGAACCAGUCCUGUCCACUGGGGCAGCAUUGAGGUGUUUGUCCUUCAAAGCUGAGUGUUAUGUGUCGGGGUGCCCUGCUCUUGCUGCGGGUACACCUCGUGCUCAUGAGGGGUAGUUGGGCUCCCUCGGAUGGAGAGGCAGGCAGAAGCAUCGAAAAGGGAACCCUACAAUGCUUGCUUUGUCCAAGUGUGUGGCUAGGUAUCAAGUCUGCAUCUCCUGGGCCUGUUAUCUGUGGCCUGACUGCCACUGGACUCUGAGCCCCUGCGGCUCUCUCAUGCCUGUGAGCACGUGUUCUUCAGGAGCCUGUGUGUAGCCAGAGCUUGUCUUCUCAUCUGUCAACACGGGCGUGUGUCCCAGUGGCUAUGAGCUUGCGAGGGGGUGGCAAGCAAGCCGGCUGCACAGGUCCUACGGCCUCACGUCUCCCGGUUGCCCAACAGGAGGCAGGGGGCGGGCCGUGGCCACUGAUUAAAGGCAGCCUGGAGCAGCCUGAGUGGAGACAGGUGCCCAGCAGCUCAAGAAGCCAGCCAGCACCCGCCCCAGCCUCGCUGCGCUGUGACGCCGUCACCAUGUCUGAGGUACUUCGGGCCGAGACCUUUGUCUUCCUCGACCUGGAAGCCACUGGGCUCCCCAGCGACGAGCCUGAGAUCGUUGAGCUGGCCCUGUUCGCUGUUCACCGGUCCUCCCUGGAGAACCCAGAGCGCGACGAGCGGGGCACUCCGAUGCUACCCCGGAUUCUGGAUAAGCUCACGCUUUGCAUAAGUCCCAGGCGUCCCUUCACUGCCAAGGCCAGCGAGCUCACCGGGCUGAGCAGUGAAGGCCUGGUGCAGGCCCGGAAGGCUAGCUUCGACAGUGCUGUGGUGCGAACCCUGCAGGCCUUCCUGAGCCGCCAGGAGGGCCCCAUCUGCCUCGUGGCCCACAAUGGCUUUGAUUACGACUUCCCCCUGCUGUGCAUGGAGCUGCAACGCCUCGGAGCCCAGCUGCCCCAGGAUACCAUCUGCUUGGAUACACUGCCUGCGCUGCGGGGCCUAGACCGUGCUCACAGCCAUGGCACCCGCUCCCAGGGCCGCAAGGGCUACAGCUUGGGCACCCUCUAUCACCGCUACUUUCAGGCGGAGCCUCAUGCGGCCCACUCAGCCGAGGGGGAUGUGCACACCCUGCUCAUGAUCUUCCUGCACCGUGCUGCCGAGCUGCUCGCCUGGGCAGAUGAGCAGGCCCGCAGCUGGGUCCGCGUCAAGCCCAUGUACAUGCCACCUGACCCCCAGUUCUGAGGCCCUGCC